ACUGACCGAAAAUGCAGACGCUGGAAGACCAACCCAGUUCUGGGCUAUGAUACACACCAAGAUGUUCCCGACCGGCUACAUUACACCGCACGCUUCCACCGGGCACAUCUUCAAAAGGUUCUUUUAGACGCUGUCCCCAAAACUGUUAUCCACCUGAAGAAGCGAAGUUUUGGUUUAGAACUAGACCAUAACAGUGUUACUAUUAAUUUUGAAGACGGCAGUUCUGUCACACAGGACUUGGUCGUUGUUUCGGAUGGCAUUCAUUCGGCCAUCCGCCAACAACUGUUGCCAGAUCACAAGAAUUUCCUUACAGGGUGGACUUCAUUUCGAUUGGACCCCUACUGUAAGGGCACUGAUCGAGGCUGCUCCAUCAGUUCGGUCUUAUCCCGGCCCCACUCUGGAAGCACAGCGCGGCAAUGGGUCUUCAACAGUCGAAUUGUUUUGACCGGUGAUGCAGCGCAUCCAAUAGGCCAUGCCGGUUUCGGAGCUGGUAUGGCCAUUGAUGAUGCACUGGCCCUAUUUAUGGCUCCUGAUAGAAUCCAACUGGGUUCCGAAACAAUAGGUACUGGCUUGGAGAACGCCUUAGAUCUGUUUCAGACGGUGCGAAAGCCACAUGUAGACCGUUUGGGUGAUUUCUUGGCGCGAACAGGCAAAGCAAAGUCUAUCUAUGGGAAGCAUCUUUCUGAGGAACAGAUUCUAGAGUGGGUGAACGGUCGUGAGAACACGGCUUGGAUUCAUGAGCAUGAUAUUAAUGCCGCGUUUGAGUUGGUGAAUUCUGUGCCGCAG